AUGGCUGCUGGAGACAUGUACCACAAGGCGUUCGCAGACCACGAACACCCCUACCUCAGCUACGGCCUUCUGUAUCCGAAAGCCGCCGCCAGGCACGUCGACCACACUUUCCACGCCGAGAAGGUCUACAUCCUCGCCUCGGGCUCCCUGUCCAAGAACACCGAUGCAGUCACACAGCUCGAAGAUGCUCUGCGCGGAAAGGUCGUCGGCGUGCGCAGGGGUAUGACGCCGCAUACCCUCUGGUCGGAAUGCAUCGCCGUCGCCCGCCAGGUCAAAGAGCUGGAUGCAGACCUGUUGCUUACCAUCGGUGGCGGCAGCCUGAUCGAUGCGGCCAAGAUAAUCGCACUGGCCGUUGCCAAUGAUGCUUUCGACUUCACCAAGCUAGAGCACCUCACGAACAAUCGAGACGCAUCCGUCCAGCGGCCCGACCUCGCGCCGCCGCGUAUUCCCAUCAUCUCAAUCCCCACUUCCCUAUCCGGAGGCGAAUACUCAGACCAUGCCGGUGGCACCAAUGACCAAACCCGACACAAGCAUGGCUUCGGUCCCAGCCCGCCUCUGGGACCACGUCUGAUCAUCCUGUCACCCCAGCUUGCCAUGACUACACCACCGCGCUUCUGGCUCAGUACCGGCAUCCGUGCCGUUGACCACUGCGUUGAGACCAUCUGCUCACCGUACAGCACGCCCGCUUCGGACGCUGCAGCCGCCGAAGCUCUACACAAACUGGUACCCGGUCUACUCCGUAGCGCCCUGGACGCCGAUAACACCGACCUGGAUGCGCGAUUCCAGUGCCAGCUUGGCGUGCGAGAUGCCAUGCAAGCUGUCAAGGGAAAGGCUCCCCUCGGCGCUUCGCACGGCAUUGGCCAUCAGUUAGGCCCGCUUGGUGUUGGCCAUGGCGAAACAAGCUGCAUUCUGCUCCCGGCAGUGUGUGCGUUCAACGCACGUCAUGCUGCCAAUGCCGCGAACGAAGCCCACGCGAAAGAUAUCUUGGUGAAGCAGAAACGCGUCCUCGACACCUUGUGGGCAGAGCCUAACGUUGCUACCGCGCUGGCGUCGCGGGGAUUGGGAAAGGAAAAAGCGGAUCUGUCGGCAUGUUUGGGUGCGUUCAUUAGCGAGCUGAGGAUGCCGAGAAGCUUGGGGGCGCUGGGUGUGGGAAGAGAUAAGUUCGACGAACUGGCGUCAAGUAGUCUGAAAGAUCGAUGGUGCCAGACUAAUGCUGUACCUCUACGGCAGAAGGCACAGGUGAUGGAAAUAUUGGACAUGUGUGCGUAA